AUGUUUGAGAUGAAGAGAGCAAUUGACGCUUUAGUUAUUUUAGCUGGUAAUGUUUCAAUGUAUAACGCAAAAAUGAAUCCGCAAUGUUCAAAAUGUAAAGCAGCAAUAAGAAAAUAUAACUACUCAGUCAAAGAGAUAGAAAGAAUGCGAAACGACUAUGCAGACUUAAAGAAAGAAGCAGAAAAGCCAGCAGAAGAUAAAAUGGAUAUGUUGACAUUUCUUAAUAAAAACUAUCCAACAGCAGAAGAUUUCCUUUUAUCUGACGUCAAGAAGAAGUAUAAAGAAACCUUCGGCAUUGUUAAAACAUUCGAUGUAUUAAAAGAAGAAAUAGAAGCUACGAAAUUGUUUAGAAUCUCACGAAUUCAUAACGUUUACCAUGUAAAACGUUUAUAA